AUGAAAGUACCAUCACAACUCAAGGUAUGGUCACAAAUGUCCAAACAAGACCAAAUCAAUGUGAUCCAAAUCUUUGUGAUUUUACCAUUUGUCUUGUUGUGUAUUCCUUCUUCCUUUGGGAGAAGUGAACAAUAUGACACAUUCCCGUCGCCUUUUAACUUACUCUGGUUCGUCCCAUUCUUCACAAUGAUUUACACCCUUCGAGUCAUAUUAGCUGAAAACCUUUUUUUGAAACUUGGAGAAAAAAUCGUUGUAUAUAAACAAGAAUGGACUCCUGAAAUACGGCAAGUACGAGUUCAGCGAUUUUCAAUUUGCUUCUUUAAGGCGUGUUACUUUUUCUUUACUACACCAAUGGGUAUUCUUUUGUUCAGAUAUGAAGAUUGGUUCCCAAGUCAGUUGUAUGGGAAAGGCGCUCAAAACUUAGAUUUAAUGUGGGAAGACUUCCCUUUUCAGCUCCCUACAUGGAAAUUGACGUUUUUCUAUUGCUGGGAAUUGGGAUACCACUUCCAUUCUUUAGUGCACCAUAUGUCUUCUGAAAAGCGCGCCGAUUAUUUCGAAAAUUUACUCCACCAUGUCGCCACAGUAUUUCUCAUUGUUUUCAGUUAUUUGAACAAUUGUGGGAGAUGUGGGGUCUUAGUGUUGAUACUCCACGACUUAGUCGAUAUGAUUAUGUAUUUUGCAAAGUCAGUGAAUGAUAUCAAAACGCAAAUACCUGCUUAUAUUUCCUUUGCGUUACUCGCAUAUUCAUUCCCCAAAUUCAGAAUAUACUUCUUAGGUGGCUAUUUAAUUCCAGCGGCCGGUGGUUGUAUCAAAUAUGUCCCUUCUGAUUUACAAGGUGGGUUUAUGGUUUACUGUCUGAUUAUGUCGCUUCUCUGUGUAUUAUUGGUUCUUCACAUCUAUUGGUUCUUCCUGAUCCUCCAGAUGAUAUACAAAAUCGUCACUCAAAAAGGUCGUAUAGCUGAUCCUCACACUGUUGGUAAUUAA